UUGUCUUAUCGACAAGACAAACUGCGUCAUGCACUAUAUCUUUCUUGGGAGUUUCUGUGGUCAAGCAUGCGACAGUAACAUACUCUGAUUGAGUUCUUCUGUGUCUUGUGGAGGGAUCAGUUGGGAACAUGUCCAAGGCAAAGCAAGCGGCAUACGCCGCGUCGCCUGCAGCUCAAUCUGGCAGCAGCACAUCAUUCGCCCAAGGCUUCGUGCUAGGGCAAUUGACAUUGGCGUUGAUCUUGAUAUUCCUGAUCAAGUUCUUCAUCUUUGGCGAGCCUCCGACAGCGGAUAGUCGUGCCGCUACAAGAGCAGCCCUGCGACGUCAACGAACUCUGUCGCACGCCUCGUCCCUACGCCGUCGCUCCUUUUCCGACCUCCGUCUUCGCAAGCGCAGUUCCGCUGCUGUACUUGCUCCGCGAAACAUAUCAUCCGGUGGCGCCGUGCUCACAACAGACAAGAUUCUGGAAAAGACAUACUACAAUGUUGAUGGACACCAGCCCGAGAGCUUGGACUGGUUCAACGUCCUGAUCGCACAAACCAUCUCUCAGCUACGUGCGGACGCUCUGGAAGGAGAUGCCGUGUUGACCUCCCUCACGAACGCCCUUAAUGGCGGCCAACGCCCACAAUUCAUCGACGAGAUCAAGGUGACUGAGAUCUCGUUGGGAGAAGAGUUUCCCAUCUUCAGCAACUGUAGGGUCAUCCCAGUAGACGAGAAUGGUCAGCCUGUCAAGCCGGUGGCGGGAAAGAAGGGUACAAAGGGAGGUCUAGGAGAGAGCAGGCUACAAGCACGCAUGGACGUCGACCUGUCAGACGUCGUCACGCUGGGCAUCGAAACGAAACUCGUACUAAACUACCCAAAGCCCUUCUCGGCUGUGCUACCCGUCGCUCUGGCUGUCUCUGUCGUGCGCUUCUCUGGCACUCUCUCCUUAUCCUUCACGCCUUCCCAACAACCAGACGACUCUGCCAAUAACGAUUCAGAGUCGUCUUCUGGAAACCCCUCGUCCUCGCCUACGACCCUUACCUUCACCUUCCUCGACGACUACCGCCUAGAUCUCUCUGUGCACUCUUUGAUUGGCUCCCGCGCUCGCCUACAAGAUGUCCCAAAGAUUGCACAGCUGGUCGAGCAGCGUAUUCAUGCCUGGUUCGAUGAGCGCUGCGUCGAACCUCGUUUCCAGCAGAUCGUCCUACCUUCCCUCUGGCCGCGUAAGAAGAACGUCCGUGGAGGUACUGAUGACGUUCCUGAAGAAGCCAUCUUGUCAGAUGCAGAGAUGGACGCUGCAGCUUCAGCCUCUAAGCCGCGUAAUCGUGAGCGAAGCAGAGAACCUUCUACCACUAAACGUGAUACGCGAGCUGACAAGUCGCCUGUUGCUGCCACAAGACCAAAGCCCACACGGCAACCUUCACGACCAAUUAAGCCGGAAGACGAGAUGACUGACGAGGAGAAGCUAGCUGCUGCUGGCGAAGAGCUCAGAGCCGCUGAACAGAGGGAAUGGUCUAGAGAGCGUAGGAGCAGAGAAAGGCAUAACAAAAACAAUGACGAGACGGUCAGGCGGAGGCCACGCCAGAGUCAACUGGCCAAGGAGUUGGACGUGCCGUCGUAGUUCGGUUGUUACUGAUGGCUUUCCACUACAACCGCAGCGAUCGUUUGUACGAAUAUACGAGUAGUGUAAAUCUAUAUAAUGCUCUGUUUAUGACCAUGCCCAUGCCCAUCUGAAAGACUGCACUUUCCGC